UCAGUAUAUACUUCCCUCGAAACCCUAAUUUUCUACUCUAUCGUUUUUGUGAGAAACUAUGGGUGUUUCGGCUAAGAAAGUGGUUGGGUUGUUUCUUUUGGUGCUCGUAAAUGGUUUCCAGGAGUCAAAGGCUACGGAUUACAUCGUUGGUGACUCCGCUGGUUGGACAAAUACUGGUCACGUUGAUUACAAAGCGUGGGCUUCCUCCAAGAAGUUCAAAGUUGGGGACACCAUCGUGUUCCAGUUCAACAAUCAAUUUCACAACGUGGUACGAGUGAAUCACACCAACUACAAUGCAUGCAAUGGCUACGACGCUUACCAAUCCUAUAUCUCCGGCAAUGAUACUUUCGUAAUUAACAAGAAAGGACACUUCUACUUCAUUUGCAGUUAUUUUGACCACUGUCAAUCUGGCCAAAAGGUUGACAUCAGAGUGACUGGAAAUGAUUCACCGCCAGCGUCCCGACCAACCGCCGCACCACCGGUCGCCGCCAGACCAGCCGCCGCACCACCUACUGUCUCCCCGCCAGUUGCUUCCCGUCCAGCCGCCUCCCCACCAGUCGCCGCCCCACCAGCUGCCGCUCCACCAGUCGCCACCCCACCAGCCACCGCCCCAUCAGUCGGCAAACCACCGGCUGCCGCCCCACCAGCCGCCACGACACCUACGACUCCUGGCGGAUCAGCUCCGGCUCCAGCACCGAAGAGUAGCGACUCUUCAUUGAUUUACUCAUCCAAGGGGUUGAUCGUGUUGUCUGCUUUGUGUGCCCUUUUUGGAAUGGUUUGGUAG